AUGCGCUUUGCUCACAUCAUCCUGGCCAUCGCCGCCCCGCUUGCGAUCCUCGCCGCACCCGUGCUAGAAAGAGAUCCGACUCCCACAACCGCUUCCGUCUCUGAACUAUCGUCUUUCAUUGCGCCAGCCAAAUUUGCUCGAGACUCGUACUGCCCAUCCGUCAAAGCGGGCUCCAAGGUGGGCGAGGAUGGACAAGUGUUGUGGGCUACGGGAGACGGCAGAAAGACGCAAAGAGUCUACGUGGCUUAUUCCAAAUCGCAAGGAAUCGUAGUCGCUCAUCAAGGCACCAACACAUCCAGCUUGUCCUCCUUGCUCAACGACGCCAACUUUAUCAGGGACGAUCUGGAUAGCCGCUUGAGCUUCCUUGGCGCGGAUGCGAGCGUCGUGGGGGGAUUUCAAGACGCUUGGCUCGACACGGCGGAUCAGGUGCUCUCGCAGGUCAAAUCUGCCCUCUCCAAAUACCCAGGCUCUCAAAUCUCCAUCUUUGGUCACAGUCUCGGCGCGUCCAUCGGACUUUUGGACGCAGCUUUCAUCAAGCACAAUCUACCAUCUUCCAACGUCAAGGUGAUCCUCUUUGGUCUGCCCCGUAGCGGCAACGACGAAUUCGCCAGCGCCAUCGAUAAUCUCCUUCCGGGACAAAAGCACGUCACUCAUUAUAGAGAUCCCAUUCCUCAUUUGCCGGGAGAGACGCUGGGCUACCAAGCGCCUUCUGGAGAAGUGUGGCUGAAUGAGGCAGCUACAACGGCAGUGGAUUGCCCUGGACAGGAGAACGACGCUUGCUCCAACUCGGUACACUUUUAUCAGUACGAUGAAGACGAUCAUGAUGGCCCUUAUUACGGCAACAUCGUCAUGAAGUGCGACUCGUAG